AUGGUAGCUAGAUUCAUCACAAGCAAUCUCAAUCGAAUACGAAAAACCUACUCAGUAUCAACAACUUUUAGUAGGCACAACUACGAUUUCACUUCUCUAUAUUCUUCUCCGUAUUUGCAAUUGGAUGAUGACGAUUCAGCUAGACGUGUAGUGAAUCCGAGUUUCAUGCUGCAGAAGAGAUGGCAUACGGGCGAUUCACAUUCUCAUCAUCAUGAUCAUCACGAUCUCCGCUCCGGUAAAGGCGGCGAGAGGAUUUUUCGGCUUGGACUUGUUGCUGACAUUGGCCUCGCCGCUAGUAAAGCUUUUGCAGGUUAUGUAUGUGGAAGCACCGCCAUUAUUGCUGAUGCGGCUCAUUCUAUAUCUGAUGUGGUUCUGAGUGGUGUAUCAUUGCUGUCCUUUCAAGCUGCAAGGGUUCCCAAGGACAAAGAACAUCCUUAUGGACAUGGUAAAUUUGAGACUCUUGGAGCUCUUGGAAUUUCUGGUGUGCUAUUGGCUACUGCUGGUGGCAUAGGAUGGCAUGCUUUAGAUGUUUUGCUGGGAUUGUGGUCUGCAGCGCCUGAAGUUUUUAAUCAGUCAAUGACUCAUCAGCACGUGCAUGAGCAACAUCACCAUGGAAUUGAUAUGGAUCACCCUAUCCUUGCUUUGAGUGUGACGAUACUCUCUAUAGGUGUUAAAGAAGGAUUAUACUGGAUAACAAAACGAGAGGGAGAAAGGGUUGGCAGUGGGCUAAUGAAAGCCAAUGCCUGGCAUCAUCGUGCCGAUGCAGUAUCUUCUUUUGUUGCUCUCAUAGGGGUUGGUGGUUCUAUCCUUGGAGUGAGGAUCCUGGAUCCACUCGCUGGACUUGCUGUUGCAGGCAUGAUCAUGAAGGCUGGACUUGAAACUGGAUAUCAGAGUGUCUUGGAAUUGGUUGAUGCUGCUAUUCCUUCGCAUAUCCUGGAGCCUUUCAAGCGCACAAUUCUACAAGUUGACGGAGUUGAGGGUUGUAGUCACCUGAGAGGAAGAAGGGCUGGUUCAUAUCUCUAUCUUGAUGUCAUAGUUGAGGUUGACCCCUUUUCUAGUGUAAGUGCUGCGCAUGAGAUCGGGGAAAACGUCAGCCGCGAAAUCCAGCGAUUACAUCCCGAAAUAGCUGAAGUCUUCAUUCACAUAGAACCGUCAACUAUACACAUUCCACCCGCUGUUGUGUCUCAACAGAGAAGUGCUAACACAAUGGAUGCAGACAUUGAAAAUAUAGUUUGCAACAUUUUAUCGACACACUUUUCUCAGAAGAUGAUUGUUGAGCGUGUGACUCCACAUCUACUGCAAGGACAGGUUUUACUUCAAGUGGAAGUUUCUAUGCCUCCCGAUCUCUUGAUUAGGGAUGCGAUAAAAGUUGCAGAAGAAGCAGAAAAAUUAAUCAUAGAGGCAGCACCAAAUAUUGUUCAUGUGUGUAUCCAGCUGCGUCUAGGGCGAUCCAUGCCAGAGUCUUACCACAAAUUGGUGAAGAGCACAAGUCAGGGACUUGUAUACACUUAAAAUGUGCAUGUAUACAUCCACAUCCUGUAUAAUCAACAAAGAAAUUCCGACUAAAAAAUAAAUCAAAGCUACACAGAGUGUCGUUCAUUCUCUAUUUUAUUCUCCAAAUAUAGAAAAUGAAGAGUAAACUAGAGGUGGAAGUUAACGAUUUUAAGUAUUUUUGAAAUAAUAUACUUAUAAAAUAUGGUGUGGAUGUCUGCCAUACUAAAAAGUUAUUCUCACUAAUUAUCUACAUUACUUGUAGAUAACAUUCAUCUUUAUGAUCAUCUUUCUUUAUAUUAAACCUUUUGUA